AUGGCGGCUCGUGGUUUGGGGCUGUUGACCAGUUUGCCCCUCCGUGCUCAGAGAAGUCAAGUCCACCGUCCUCUCCGCAGGCUUCUCAGUUGCCCAGGAACGGUUGCCGCAGCCUUCGGGAGGGAAGAGCAGUCCUCGGGGAGCGCGGAGACAGGCUCUGAAGACAGGACUCCAAAAAAGAGAUUCUCUGAGGUGCAAAAAGAGAGACGAGAACAGGCCCAGCGGACUGUGUUGAUCCACUGCCCAAGUAAAGUCAGCGAGGAGAAGUUUCUCAAGCACUUAUCCCAGCAUGGGUCUAUUAACAGCCACUUCUUCUAUGAAAGCUUUGGUCUUUAUGCUGUUGUAGAAUUUAGUCAGAAGGAAAGCGUAGCUUCACUGCAGAAUGUAACUCGUACUCCAGGCCUGGGCACAGAGGCUGCAAUUCCGUUCAGAUCACGUUGCUUCAAUUUAAAGUUGAAGACUCCACUAAACCAGACUUGUGAGCGCUCGAGUAUUCAGUGUAGGAAGCAGUCGUCUCCGUCAAGCAAGAAGCUGUUUGAAUUACUUUGUUGUGCAGAAAGUGUCGAUGAUCAGCUGAACACUCUCCUGAGGGAAUUCCAGCUAACAGAGGAGAACACCAAGCUCCGAUAUCUCACCUGCUCUCUAAUUGAAGAUGUAGCCGCUGCGUAUUUUCCGGACUGCACCGUCAGACCCUUUGGCUCUUCAGUGAACAGUUUUGGAAAAUUAGGAUGCGAUUUGGACAUGUUUUUGGAUCUAGAUGGAAUUGAAAAAUAUAGUACUCACAAGGCCUCAGGAAAUUUUCUCAUGGAAUUUCAAGUGAAAAACGUUCCUUCGGAAAGAAUUGCAACACAGAAGAUCCUGUCUGUGGUAGGAGAAUGCCUUGACCACUUUGGCCCGGGCUGUGUGGGAGUGCAGAAAAUACUAAAUGCUCGGUGCCCCCUUGUCCGGUUCUCACACCAGGCCUCUGGAUUUCAGUGUGAUUUGACUACUAACAAUAGGAUUGCCUUGAAGAGUUCUGAACUCCUUUAUAUGUAUGGUGCCCUGGACUCCCGAGUGAGAGCCUUGGUGUUCAGUAUCCGAUGUUGGGCUCGAGCACAUUCGUUAACGAGUAGUAUUCCUGGUGCUUGGAUUACAAAUUUCUCCCUUACCGUGAUGGUCAUCUUUUUUCUCCAGAGGAGAUCACCCCCUAUUCUUCCAACACUAGACUACCUAAAAACCCUUGCAGAUGCAGAAGAUAAGUGUAUAAUAGAAGGCCACAACUGUACAUUUGUUCGCGACUUCAAUAGAAUUAAACCUUCAGGAAACGCAGAAACACUAGAAUUACUACUGAAAGAAUUUUUUGAAUAUUUUGGAAAUUUCGCGUUCAAUAAAAAUUCCAUUAAUAUUCGACAGGGAAGGGAACAAAACAAACCUGAAUCUUCUCCACUGCACAUUCAGAAUCCUUUUGAAACUUCUCUCAACAUUAGCAAAAAUGUAAGUCAAAGUCAGCUGCAAAAAUUUGUAGAUCUGGCCAGAGAAAGUGCCUGGAUUUUACAUCAGGAAGAUAAAGAUCGCCUUUCGCCAUCAAAUAAUCAGCCCUGGGGGCUGGCAGCCCUGCUGCUACCUUCUGUAGCAAAUAGUAUGUCUCUUGCCAAGAAGAAAAAGAAGCCUGCAAGUGAAAGAAUUAAAAACUUGUUGGAAUCCAUAAAAAGUAGCAGUACGGAAAAUUCCACAGCCACCAAUGGGUAAAGAGCAGUUAGUACUCAGGCAUAA